UUAAUAUUUGUCAUUAUUUCACCAUCAGCUAUAAUACAAAAUGUCUUCCACAGGAAUAUCUCUUCAGUGGUCCAUCAUAGCUGUAGGAUUAGUUUGUACUUUCUACUCCACAUUGGGUGGAAUGAAGGCUGUGCUGGUAACUGAUGUCUUCCAGUCGCUACUCAUGUUUGCUGCUAUCUUUGCUGUGAUUACUCGGGGUGUAAAAGAUCAUGGUGUUUCUAAUAUUUUUAAGAUUGCCAAAGAAGGCGAAAGACUAGAGUUUUUCAAUGUCUCGCCAGAUCCACGUGAGAGGCACACUAUUUGGAGCCUUGGUAUUGGUGGUAUCUUCACAUACUGUUCUUUGUAUGGUGUUAACCAGGCACAAGUACAAAGGCUCCUCACCAUUAAAGACCUUCGAAGAGCACAGGGAUCAUUAUGGAUCCAAUGGCCAAUAUUAACUCUCCUCAGCUUGUCCACAUCCUUUGCUGGUCUGGUGCUGUAUGCUCAGUAUCAUCUUUGUGACCCUAUGAAGAGUGGUCGCAUAUCAAACUCAGACCAAUUGCUACCUCUCUAUGUAGUUGAGACUAUGGGGAUGAUCCCAGGACUGUCAGGACUAUUUGUAUCAGGAAUUUUCAGUGGAUCACUGUCAACUGUUUCUUCUGCUUUGAAUUCUUUAGCAGCUGUCACAGUGCAAGACUACAUCCUGCCGUUUGCCCCCAGCAGUCUUGGCAUUGGAGAAAAACAAGCCACAAAGAUCAGUAAAAUUCUGGCUUGUGUUUAUGGUGGUGUGUGUAUGGCCAUAGCUUUUUCAGCAAAAUUGCUGGGCACUGGUGUCCUCCAGGCUUCCUUGACUAUCUUCGGUGCAGUUGGGGGACCUCUGCUCUCCCUUUUUACUCUGGGGAUGUUGUGUAAAUGUGCAAAUCAGAAGGGUGCAAUGUCAGGUCUUCUUAUUGGCCUUGUGUUCACCCUUUGGAUUGGCUUUGGAAGGCCAAAACCACCACCUCCUUUCAAGCCAGUCUCCGUGGAAGGCUGUCCUGCAGACAACACAACUUUUAUCACAAGCAGAAGCCUUGGUGAAGAGGCUGUCCUGGGGAAUAUCACCUUGACUGAAAUUACAGUUGAUGUGGCAAAUAUGACACAAGGUGUUGAUAGUGCUGAAGUUGUGGAGAGCACCUCUUUCCUCCAUGAGAUCUAUGCAGUGUCAUACAUGUGGAUAGCAGCUAUAGGCUUCCUGAUAACAUUGCUGGUGGGUGUGAUAGUGAGCAGGCUUACAGGAGGAAAUGAGAUUCUGGACCAUGACCUUUUCGCAACUUGGAUACACCUGCCUCCCCCUUCAGCUGCUCUAGAGGAGGAUAUGUGCUCAGACAAGGUUGACCUACCUGAUAGUGCUGAGGUUCCCCAAGUGUCUUCUUCAGCAAAGCUCACACCUGAGAGCACAAAGUUAUAGUCUCAUAUGUUUUCUUGUUUUUUUCCUUAGUUUUGGUUGUAUCUGAGGUAUGGGAUUUGAUAACAUUGGUUUUGUAUUUUGAAUUUGUAUAUUAUGUGAUAGGUUUUAUUUUUUCUUAGAUUUUUUUUAGUUAUAUGUAAAUUACAGUUAUGUAUUAGUUUUAUAUCAAAGGUGCAAUACUGAAGGAUAUAGAAGCAAAAGAAGAGUAGGAAGAAAUAAUGACUAUCACUUACUGAUGGUUUAGGUGAAUGGAAACUCAAAAGUGCACUGAUUUCCUAUCAUAGCACUUUCAUUCAUAUUGUUAUGGUGUUGUCUACAAUAGUACAAAUUUGGUCUCAUUCAUUGCUUUAUUUGAUUUUUGAGAGUUUGUAGCUGAACAUUGUGCCUAUAGUUUGUUUGCUCUGUUAUGGAAAUCAUUUUAUUGGACUGUAUAGAUAAUGAAAAGAAAGGCUGAAUAUAUGAAUGAAGUCACACACAUAUGAUGAAGAAAUUUCCUGAAAGUCUUACUUAAAUAUGUGAUGUUGCUUUGUAGAUAUCUAAUUUUUAGUAAUAUUUUGAUAAUAGAUAUAUUUAAAUGAGUACAUCAAAUUACAGCAAUCGAAGGUGCCUGGUUAUGGAAAUCUCAGAGACUUUUUAUUCAUUGACUUCACUUAAUGUUGAAUGUAUUAUCAAAGUGUUCAAAAUAUACAUGAAGGUUACCCAUUUCUGAUAUUGUCAGUAAGCAGUAUUUGAAUGUAUUGAGUGGUUGCCAGUAUUUUAGAGAUUUAUACUAGUAAAAUGGGAAUUGAAGAUAUCAAUUUGUCCAAAAUGUGAAAAAGAGUGCUCAAAAAAAUCCUGUUAUCCAGUGGUAUCUUUUAGAAGUGCCGAAGUGAAGAAGCACAUAAAUUGCCUUUCUAGUGGAGUUUUCGAUGGGUCAUGAAAGCCAGUAUCAUCCACUUUCAUUCCUGUAAUUUUUUUUUUAAAUAAUUUCUUUUUUCUCAUCUUUAACUUCAUGACCUGUAUUUUCAACUCCUUCACUACUUAAAUCAUAACGUUCAUUAUCAUAUUCACCAUCCAUCCAAGAUUUGCUUUUCCAAUGCCUUGAAAAGUCUUCCAUUUUAAUAUAAGAUAUAGUUAGUCUGCGAGUCUCCCAUAUUUUAUGGUGAAGUAUUUGACUACAUUUCUGUUGUGUAGUUGAAUUUAAGCUCAGCUUACCUGUGCUUGUGCUUUAUCGUUUUUGAACUUGUUUGUGGAGAGGAGUUUAUAUAGAUAAAUGUUGAUUCAUGUUGUGAAAAGUAAACAUGGUAGAUCUAUAAUUAUUUUCAAGUAGCUGGAGAAAAAGAUGAACAGAUUAUCUGAUAUGUAACUCUGGUAGGUGUAGUGAUCUAUUUUUGUUUAAUAACUUAGUGGGUAAUUUUGUCAAAACACUUUCAGGUGCAUGUUAGUUAAGAAUGAAUAAUUAACUUGCAUACCAAAAAAGAAAGAGUUAAGAGGCUACAGUGUCUGUAAUUUUUGGCAACUUUGAUUAUUUGCUACAUACUUCUGAGCUAUGACUGUGGAGAGGUGCUUGGUAUAUUUUUGUUUGCAGUUGCAACUCUUACAAAAGGACUACCUGCAAUUAAUGACUAAAUAUUGCAUUCCACAUACAUUUAAUUCUUUAAUGCAUACAAUCUGCUGUGUUUUUGUUGUAGUGAUUUUGUUUACGCUUAGAUGGCUUCAGAUCACUUCUUAGUUGGCAAGGAGUCAAUUACAUGGCUUGCCUGAUCUUAUAUUUACCUCAUUUCUGAAAUUUUCAGGAUAAGGAUUUUUUUUUAAAGUUCCUAUGAUAAUUGUUACUAAUGCCAUUAUCAUUAUUAUUAAAAUAUUAUCAGUAAUAAUAGAAAUACUAAAAUAAAGAGUUGUAUCCAAAAAUUUAAGGAAUGGACAAGUAGAUGAGAUCAAGUUGGCCUGACUCCUUACUGAUUAAGUACCUGUUGAGCUAUAUUUGUGUAAACAGGAUUAGUGAGGCAAAACCACAAUAGAUAGUGCAUGUUUAUAUGCUCCCUGGAAUUGAUGGGUUAAGCCAUUAUGGUUACAGAGUAACUGUUUUGAGUUGGGAAUUUUGAUAUACUGUAGUUCACUUAAAACAGUCUUAAGACAUAUGUUAAACACUUCUUUGUGAUACCAUAGCUCUUCUUUUUGUGAUCUGACUUCAUGUUUGUAACCCAUUUUAAUACAAGAAAAAUAUUCUAAAUAAAAAAGGGGAUUAAUAAUGACUGGUACACACUUUUCUGAUAGCUUUUUUAUGUAAUUGCCUUGUGACUCAUCAGGUGGCAAGCCAUUUAUUCCAAAUGAGUGUUUUAAGGCUUGAAUGCACACUGACGUACAUAUGUGGAUGUACUGCCUCACUAAGCAAAGUGGAACUCUGGUUGAAUAUAUAGAUGUUUGAGUGAGUAUUAUGUAUGUCCCAAUAUUGCAAAAAAUAACAUUUGUAGAAAAUACUUAAAAAGAAGAGUGGUAACAUCCGGAGUGAUUAAAAGAGAGAGAGAGAGAGAGAGAGAGUGUGUGUGUGUGUGUGUGUGUGUGUGUGUGUGUGUGUGUGUGUGUGUGUGUGUGUGUGUGUGUGUGUGUGUGUGUGUGUGUGUGUGUGU